AUGCAGACUCCUUUCCCAAGAACUGCUCAGGAAGUUUUGGCGCAUGCUCGCAGUGCUGCGAAGAAGCAGGUGAAACAAUUAAGAAAAUUGAACUUCUCAGUCUUUUCUUAAUGAAAAAUAAAUAAUAACGGAAACUGACGAAUGCCUUCAAAAAGUUCAAAGAAGCUAUCGUUUCACACGAAGUGCGAUCCAAGAAUAAGCCCAGAUCUAAAUAUACUCAAAAAUAUUUGUUUGAAUUUUCAAAAAAACUUUAUUGUUUCUAUCUAAAUAUUAACGAAAGUGCAGGAACGAUUCGUACAGGGCGGAUUCACUUUCGAAAACUUUUCCCAUCACAUUUUGGACUCCCUUUGUCGUCACACAGACGCUGAUUCUGAAGCGUCCUGCUCAGUGAGAACCGAUUUCCUCUUUUUUCAUGGAGAGAAACGUUCAGAAAUGUACGUUCGAAAGGGAACUCGAACUGCCGGAAUUGCCGGAGAUGGUUUUCCCCAAGAAUGUUCUGCGCAUCACUUUUCCUAAUGGAGGUUUUUCUUCACUUACACUUUUCAAGAAAGAUUUGUUUUGCAGUCUCAGCGAUCGAAUUUAGAGCUCUGGACGCGCUCAAAAUGGUCUGUCCAAACAAACUUCCAGACGUUCAGGUUAUGGGGAAUCCAAAAGUUUCAAAAAAAAAAAGAUGACGAAUGCUUCUCCAUUGCUUGCUUCUUGAACUCUAGUGAUUUCAGGUGGGUCCAUCGCUGGUUUGGCAAGAAGCGAGGAAAGAUCGUCUGCAAAUGAUCACCGAAAGCCAUCAUCCCUACGACUGGACCUUCACCACUCACUACAACGGAACUCUCAUCGAUUGCCAUGUAUGCAAAAGUCGUCAGAACAGUAAAUGAAGACAUUUAUAGCCCAGCAGAGGGCAUUUUUGGAAGUAAUUGGUGCAAAACAAUAAACUCUAGAAUGACUUUUUUCGCCACUAUUUUGAGAUUCAGACAGAAGAAACGGACGAGCGAAUUGACAUGGAGCGGCUAAAGCAACGCGACGAGAUCAAGUUCUUCGCAGAAACGACCUUAUUCGAAGACGAGUUGGCGGACCACGGAACUGCUGAGGUUACUGUAGAUCGGUGUUCGCUGAACCAACGGGGUUACUGUAGCUGUCAGCUAAACUGCGCGUCAUGGACAAGAACUACUUCUUCCUUCUCCUCAGGUUCUACAUGCGAGUCGACGGCGUUCUUGUCAGGUAAAGUUCGCCCUAACGGACAAGAACACCAGCAGUUUUCGCUCCAGGGUUUGCGACACGAGGAUCGUCGGCGACAGUCACAAGGACUACGUCAUUCGAGAAUGGCAGCUGCGAGAAGCCAAAUUCUCAGAUCUGCCAUUCGCGGUGAGUCGGAGGCGAACUAUUGUGCUUGACUUUUCGUUGUAGAGACAUGAAGAUCUGAACAAUGUGAAUCUUGCUUGGCAGCACCUUCCUGUCGUCAAGUCCUUCAACGAAAAAAUUGUUCCCAAUUGA